CAGACUGGAGUCCCCUAUCCAGCUCCAAUAGAGCAAGUAGAGCCGCUCUUGUGCAACCAACACUACCACCUCCUCCAUUGAUUCACAGACUUCAAAUUCCCCCACAAGCAGCCCAUCAGCUCCCACAGUGAUCAGAUUAAUAACAACAAUAGCUUGUGAUCACACGGGGGGAGACAACCGGCGCUGCUCAUCCUCCGCGGGAUACUUGGAUAGCUACAGCAACAGGAUCCAAACCCUGCUCCUCUCCUUUUUUUUUUCUUCUCCACGCCCGAUCCACACCUGUGUUUUCCACUUUGAGAACACCCGGUGUGUCUUUUUUUUUUUUGUGACUACUCGGAUACCUGCGCGUUGUCCUGUAUAGAUGUCGGACUGAAGGUAACUGCUAUGACAGGGAAACUAGCGGACAAGAUCCCUCUUACCAUGAGCAGUUUAAUAAACACGAUCCCUGAUAGUCUCUAUCCAGAAGAAGACAUCCCGACGUCUAUGAAUAUUUUCACCAGCUCGGAAUCUAUUAACCACUAUUCGCAAAUGAACACAGAUAAUAUCAUGGAUCUGGGCAUGGGAAAUGAGAAAGCAUCCUCAGAGAUUCAGUAUGGAUCCGGCUUCCAGUCCAACCGCAGCGGGCAGACAGUCACCUAUCUGGGAAAGUUCGCCUUUGACACUCCUCCGUCGGGUGGCAUCGGUGGCUCGGGCUGGUGCUCUGACAAUAAUAUCAUCAGCCUCGUGAGUGCAGGCAUCCUAGGUGUUUCUCCAUCGCCCGGCACAGUGACAACGCAGACGUCUUCCUCCGCAGCCAGCAUGGGCGGACAGACGUCAGAUAUGGAGCAGGUAUAUGGUCCGCCGCUGCCAGCGUACUCCACCUGCAGUGACCUGUACCAGGAUCAGGUCUCCUUCCACCACAGCCCCGCCACCAGCACAGCCCUAGCCUACCCUGGCAAUGACUAUCACUCCACGUCCAAAGCGUCCAUGGACGGAAGCCUUUUCUCCAUGAUUCCUGACUACAACCUUUUCCAUCACCAGGGUGAGGUUGGUGUGAUGGAGCACAAACCUUUCCAGACCAUGGACCCUAUCCGCGUCAACCCUCCGCCCAUCACGCCACUGGAGACCAUCCGGGCGUUCAAAGACAAGCAGCAGAUUCACCCGGGUUUCAUCGGCGGGCAGCAGCACCCGCCUCAGCACCACCCCCCGCCACAGACUCUCACCCUCAAACCCAUCCGACCACGGAAGUACCCCAACCGUCCCAGCAAAACGCCCGUCCACGAACGGCCGCACGCCUGCCCGGCAGAGAACUGUGACAGACGCUUCUCGCGCUCGGACGAGCUCACACGUCACCUCCGCAUCCACACAGGUCACAAACCCUUCCAGUGCAGAAUAUGCAUGCGCUCCUUCAGCCGGAGCGACCACCUGACCACGCACAUUCGCACGCACACGGGCGAGAAGCCCUUCUCCUGUGAGUUCUGUGGACGCAAGUUUGCCAGAAGCGACGAGCGAAAGAGACACGCAAAGGUUCACCUGAAACAGAAGGACAAGAAGCCGGCUGACAAGAGCAGCGGGCCAGCUGGGAGCCACAGCUCGCCGCCCAGCUCCUGUGGGGGGCCGACGGUGGGAGCGUCGUGACCGUCAGCACGCCCCUGGACUGGACCUUCAACACACACCUUUAAGAGACUUAGGAAGAAGGGAUCACGUCCACUAUGAGAUAAAUAGGUGACUCUUUUCCUCUCUUUUACACCCCUGCUCAUUUCAGUUCCUUCUAUUUUAAGAUGGAUGCCUUUAUUUUAAGUACGAGGGGAAAGGCUGCUACGCCUUUCUUCAUAAAGCAACUCAGAGCCUCAGCUACUGUAACGCAGUGCCAACAUAAAAAAAGGGCACCUUAGCACAUUCGGUCCUAAAGGCCCUUGUGUAUCCAUAGGUUCCAGAGUGGAUCCGGUUUUGUAUAUUUUUUCCUGAAAUUUUCUAAAUUGGACAGAAGCCAGAAUCUAAUCUAAGGGGUCAAAACACACAGAAACGAUAAUGGAGCUCAGUUAAAGGGUGAGUUGUUUGGGAUGUAUGCAUUAAUUUUGUGAGGCUGUUUCAAAGUGCAAUUGGUUAUAUUUGUGUACUGUCAUGGAUACCUUAUUAGUGGCACUUGACUGUCAUUCUGUUGUUUUUGUUCUGGUGUAGUGUUUUUCUAUUUUUUAUUUUGAAUGUUGUUUUCUUUAAAGAAUGUGCCAAAUGUAUUGUGGUGAUGCAGCCAACCUUGUUAUAUUAAUUGUGCCUGACAUUCGCCAAACAUGACAGUGGUAUCAGCUUAGCACACAUGUUGAGUUCAGAGUGAGUUCGGAUUCAUUCACCACAUACCUGAUUUAGAUUUCUCUGCACAAUUUAGUUAAAUCUAGAUAAUGACUGACUGAGACACACAAAUUAAGCCAAUGUCUUCUCUUCUUACCUGUACUUAUAAAACAUACAUGCCUGCAGCAAUCGAUGCCUUUGCCAAUACUUAUUUAUUUGUAGUCACUGUGAGACACUGUGUUGUUUUAUUUUUUGUUGCCUUUUUUUUAUAUCAUGGCUUUACGUGGUGUUGCAAGAUAUAAUUUCUGUUGCUCUUUUUUUUUUAAAGCUUACCAAUACUGUUCAUUUUUCAGUUUUCUUGAGUUCUGCAAUUAUAUGCAAUAUAACCGUGACAAACAUCACCGACUGGUAAAUCAAAUUAACUAAAAGCACAGUGAGACUGAACUACUUAAAUAAAGAGCACCGGGUUGCAAACCAGCAAUUUAUGAAAGAUGAAUAAGGAUUGAGAUGAGCGAGUUCCCCUUUCUAUGCUCCACAGGGUAAAAAAGACUUAACUAUUUGGUUUCACUUACCAAAAGAUGAGCAGUAUAUGGUAAAUGAAAAUGAAAUUUUACAAAUCCAUGUUUACAUCUUUUCUAAUACAGAAGGACUGAGCUGUAAGUAAGGUGUUGUGGUUUUUUUUUGUACAGUAUACAAUGUAUGCAGGUAGCUACAGUAGAAGUUUCACUUUUGUACUCAAAUGCACCAUAAUUCAGUAUUAAAUUGUGCAUAUAUGUGCAUGCCCUCAUGCACACUAUGUAAAUACAAAUAUCUGCAUAGACAAGAACUUUCAGUCGACUGAAUGCUUGUGCAGAAUGUGUCUUAAAGCUUUUAGUAAUGUAGUUAUAAUACGGGAUAUUCUGUUGUCAUAGGUCAUUGCAAACAUUUUUUUUGGAGCACUGCACUAGUGCCAAAUAAGGUGUGCUACCUUCCAUUAAAAAAAGAAUAAUAGCACUUGCACCAUCUGUAUGCUUUAAAGUGGAACCUGGUUUAAGGAGGCACUAAUGUGUUCUCUGAAUAAAUGACAAGAUGUUUUUUUUUUUUUUUUUUUUUUUAACAUAUUGUGUAUCUCCAUUAUAGCAAUAUUGGUAUUUCAAUUAACACAUCUUCCCCACUGUAUA